GGCAACUUCUCCACACCUGGAAGUCCUGCAAGUUCACCGUGAAGGUCAGGCAGACUCCUGUUCCUCGACGAAGAUCAUCUGUUUAAAGUUUCUACGGCUGCUCAAUGAUUUAAUCGUCUCUUAAAAGAUGAUACCAAGAAGGAAUUUUGUAUUGCUAAAGAUAAUUCUUCUAAUUACAGUUUUUACUUACUGCUCGGGGUUGAAAGUGUCAAUCCCAGAAAAGGAAUAUAAGGUCCGCAAAGGAGAGGAUGUUACACUGACCUGUUCCUUCGUGCCGGCUAGGCCCAUCGAAAACAACUUUGUUCUGGUAUGGGACGUUAUUGGUACCCCAUCGAAAGCUGUGGCCGCCUUCUUUAAGAAUAGUCCCGUUGACAUUGCUCCGGCUUAUGAAGGAAGAGCCUCCCUGGAGGUUGACCUUGAAGGGGGAGUAUCGACGCUCCAGUUAACAAAGGUGACCAUGGAAGACAGCCGCCUGUACCAGUGCAGCGUCAGAAUCCCUAAUGAUGACGAAGGGACACCAAUUGCUUCUACUUCUGUUUUAGUCCUUGAACCUCCCUCUAAACCAAUAUGCACGCUCCAGGGAAAAGCAGAGUAUUACAGUGACAUCACACUUACCUGCAAAUCUGAGGAGGGUUCUCCAGCUCCGACCUAUCAGUGGACAAGCUACAGUGUUGACAACAUUCAAAGACAAUUUCCACCAAAGACAACAGAGAAGGAUGGAGUUUUGUCUCUCUUUAAUAUCACAAGAGAGACGUCUGGAUUCUUUAUUUGCAUUUCACAAAACAACAUUGGCUCGGCCAGCUGCAACUUUACCUUAGCUGUGAUGCCUCCAAGUAUGGGUAUGGGGUCUACUGCAAUAAUAAUAGGAAUAGCAGUAGUUCUUGGUGCUCUUCUGCUUCUGGGGAUUAUCAUUUUCUGUUACCGAAAGAGAAAGAGUAAAAAAGAAGCUACUGUGGAGGGUGCGCAUGGGGAUAAGGUGUUUUAUGACAAAGAAGGUUCUGAAGUCGGAGAGCCAUACUUGGAUGACAAGUCCACUGGAAAAAAGCUGCCUAGUCAGUAUGAAGACAGCGAUAUAGCUUCUGAAAGAAAUUAUGUGAAGCAUGAUGGAAAAGGUAGUGAUACAGAUUCCCACCGUUACCAUGGUGAAAAGAAGGAUUACUCUCGUGGAAGCAGGGAUAACCUGGACAAUGAGCGGGAUCGCUAUGGAAGCCGGGAUCGCCUUGAUGACCGACGUGAUCACCACAGAAACCAGGAUCCUGAUGAUCAACGCAAUCGGUAUGGAAGUAGGGAUCGUCUUGAUGACCAACGUGAUCGUUACGGGAGCCGGGAUCGUCUUGAUGAUCAACAUGAUCGUUACAGAAGUCAGGAUCGUAAUGACCAUCGCGAUCACUAUGGCAGUCGAGAUCGCCUUGAUGAUCAGCGCGGUCGCUAUGGUAGUAGAGAUCGGCUUGACGAUUACCACGAUCAGUACAGCGGUGGUAGAGAUGUGUAUCAUGGUAGCCGUGAUCGCAUUGAUUACCGUGACGAUUAAUGCUGAAACAUAAAUAUGUUGAAUUCCUGGAAUACUAUAAAAAAAGAUCUUUCUUUCACAUCUAUCUUUCUAUGUAUAAUUCCUCUGAGACAAUUCUCUGAGGAAGACUCAAAUUAAAAGUAUGCAUUAGCAGAGGCAAUCUACCUUUCUACAUUUCAUUCCCAUUUUAUGUCAUUUUUAUCGAUCCCAUGUAGAAGAAUGGAUCCUGGGGUUAAAGAAUGUCUUGAUGUCAAGUUGUUUUCUGUGUUCGUAAACCUUGCAAAAGAUACUCUCCAGAUAAUGGACAUCAAUAGACAUUUUUAUUGUUAUUGCCCUUUAUAGCAUGAAACCACUCUUUGAAAUAAAGGGACCUUUUUUGGCUAUUUCUCCAAUCGCCAGGAUGAUACUUUGAAGGAUGGAUUUAUGUUUAGAUUGGCCUUUAGUAUGUCCAGCUUUAUGAUGAACAAUGCCCCAACAACCCCAGCAACUUUUAGGAAGCAAUGGACAUUUUUAUGCAUACAUAUUUUCCGCACUCAAGCAAAUAUAUUCAAAUGAAUAAAAAUGUUACCUUCUGUUGGUCUUUCAAUGUAGUUUUGCUUGGUGGGUUGUUGCCGGUCGACAAGGCCAAAUAAAUAGCUAUUUAACCAUUAAAAAUAGGUGACUGGCUUGGGUUACCAGUAUUUGUCACAUACUGGUUGGCUCUGCAUUUGGAACCCAUACCCUUUUUACCCAUAUUUGUGCAGAACAUGAUGAAAUGACAUAAAGGGAGAUGUCAUCUAUGGAUCCUUUUGUGGUGAGGGCGUGUUUUUAGUUUUGACUUACCAAUGAUUUAUUUUUUUUAUUUUUUAAUAAUGUAUCAGUGUUGCACAUACACUGAAAUCUGCUGUGUGUUAAUUUUGGUUAAUUUAUUUUUUAUUUACUUUUUUGUUUUCAAAAUCAUGCCUCUUUCAUAUUAAUAUGGGAAACAAAAUACUGAUUUUAUUGUUGGUCUGUAGCAAGGGCAGUUCUAGACAGGGGGCCAACAGAAGCUAGUACCCCAGAUCCUGUUGUGGCUCCUGUCCUGAAGGCAUAAUACUAAAAAAAAAAAA